AUGACAGUAUAUCAAUUUUUGCUACUAUUUCUGCUCUGGGUAUGCCUGCCACAUUUCUGUUCUCCAGAGAUAAUGUUCAGAAGGACUCCUGUGCCCCAAAAAAGAAUUUUAGGUGCACGUGUACCAAGGAGUGAUGGCAAAAUACUUCAUCGUCAAAAGCGUGGUUGGAUGUGGAAUCAAUUUUUCUUAUUGGAGGAAUAUACAGGAUCUGAUUACCAAUAUGUUGGCAAGCUUCAUUCAGACCAAGAUAAAGGAGAUGGAUCCCUCAAAUAUAUUUUAUCUGGAGAUGGAGCUGGUACUCUUUUUAUUAUUGAUGAAAAAACAGGUGACAUUCAUGCCACAAGAAGAAUUGAUAGGGAAGAAAAGGCCUUUUAUACUCUACGUGCACAAGCUAUUAACAGAAGAACUUUGAGGCCGGUAGAACCAGAGUCUGAGUUUGUGAUCAAAAUCCAUGAUAUCAAUGACAAUGAGCCAACGUUCCCAGAGGAAAUUUAUACAGCGAGUGUUCCUGAAAUGUCCGUUGUAGGUACUUCUGUGGUGCAAGUCACAGCUACAGAUGCCGAUGACCCUUCGUAUGGAAACAGCGCCAGAGUCAUUUACAGCAUACUUCAAGGGCAGCCAUAUUUCUCUGUGGAGCCUGAAACAGGUAUUAUAAGGACUGCUUUACCAAACAUGAACAGAGAAAACAGGGAGCAAUAUCAGGUGGUAAUCCAGGCCAAAGACAUGGGCGGCCAGAUGGGAGGCUUAUCGGGGACCACCACGGUCAACAUCACGCUGACAGACGUCAACGACAAUCCCCCGCGCUUCCCCCAGAACACGAUCCAUCUUCGAGUUCUCGAAUCCUCCCCAGUUGGCACAGCCAUUGGAAGUGUAAAAGCAACGGAUGCUGACACUGGGAAAAAUGCUGAAGUAGAAUACCGAAUUAUUGAUGGUGAUGGGACUGAUAUGUUUGACAUCAUAACUGAAAAGGACAUGCAGGAGGGCAUCAUCACUGUGAAAAAGCCACUUGACUAUGAGAGCCGAAGACUUUAUACUCUGAAGGUUGAAGCAGAAAAUACCCAUGUGGACCCACGUUUUUAUUACCUAGGACCUUUUAAAGAUACAACAAUUGUGAAAAUCUCUAUUGAAGAUGUGGAUGAACCCCCUGUUUUCAGCAGAUCCUCCUAUCUGUUUGAGGUUCAUGAAGAUAUUGAAGUGGGUACAAUCAUUGGUACUGUGAUGGCAAGGGACCCGGAUUCUACUUCUAGCCCCAUUAGAUUUUCCUUGGAUCGCCAUACUGACCUUGACAGGAUCUUUAACAUACAUUCUGGAAAUGGAUCCCUUUAUACAUCAAAGCCACUUGACCGUGAACUAUCUCAGUGGCACAAUCUUACUGUUAUAGCUGCUGAAAUCAACAAUCCCAAAGAGAUGACUCGAGUGGCUGUUUUCGUGAGAAUUUUGGAUGUUAAUGACAAUGCCCCACAAUUUGCUGUGUUCUAUGACACUUUUGUCUGUGAAAAUGCCAGACCAGGACAGCUAAUUCAGACUAUAAGUGCAGUAGACAAAGAUGAUCCUUUAGGUGGACAGAAAUUUUUCUUCAGUUUAGCUGCUGUCAAUCCAAACUUCACAGUACAAGACAAUGAAGAUAACACUGCCAGAAUUUUAACCAGAAAAAAUGGAUUCAAUAGACAUGAAAUAAGCACUUACCUCUUGCCCGUGGUGAUUUCGGACAACGAUUACCCGAUUCAGAGCAGCACGGGCACACUCACCAUCCGAGUGUGUGCCUGCGACAGCCAAGGCAACAUGCAGUCCUGCAGUGCCGAGGCCCUGCUCCUGCCUGCUGGACUUAGCACAGGGGCCUUGAUCGCCAUUCUCCUCUGCAUCAUCAUUCUGCUGGUUAUAGUAGUACUGUUCGCAGCUCUGAAAAGACAGCGGAAAAAAGAGCCUCUGAUCUUGUCUAAAGAAGACAUCAGAGACAACAUCGUGAGCUAUAAUGAUGAAGGUGGAGGAGAGGAGGACACUCAGGCCUUUGAUAUCGGCACCUUGAGGAAUCCGGCCGCUAUUGAGGAAAAGAAGCUGCGGCGAGAUAUUAUUCCAGAAACCUUAUUUAUGCCCCGGAGGACUCCGACGGCCCCGGAUAACGCGGACGUCCGGGAUUUCAUCAAUGAAAGGCUCAAGGAGCACGACUUGGAUCCCACGGCGCCCCCCUACGACUCGCUCGCUACCUACGCCUACGAAGGGAACGACUCCAUCGCCGAGUCUCUCAGUUCCUUGGAAUCAGGUACCACUGACGGAGACCAAAACUACGAUUACCUCCGAGAAUGGGGCCCUCGGUUUAACAAGCUGGCAGAGAUGUACGGCGGCGGGGAAAGCGACAAAGACGCUUAA